AGUAAAGGUUAUAUAAAAUCACCUGGAUCGAUUGAAUACACAUGAAAAAUAUGCAAUUUGUAAACCACACUACUUUAUUUGUUUUUGUUAGUAGUAUACAAAGUAUGUACACCUGAUUUUUUUAAUGAUUGAUCAUGUUUUCUCUUUACAUUAGAAGCAACUUAAAAUUAAUCUAUGAAAUAAAUGAACUCACAUUAUACUGUCACGUUUAUUAUUAUUUUUCCAUUCAAAUUAACAGAAAAAAGAAAGGAAUUGUGUUGAAAAAUAUACAAACUGAUUCCCUUGUUAAAGAUGAAUAGUGGCUAACAGUGGAAUCCGGGACACGCGUUUCGUCUUAUUUGGGACUAGUCAGGUACAUCCAACUGACGAGUCCCAAAUAGGACGAAACGCGCUAGGAUGCCGUUAAGUCCAGCUAGUGGGUCUCGAAGAGGACGAAACGCGCGUCCUGGAUUCCGCCGCUAGCCACCAUCCAUCUUUGUUUACAAUAGUCAUCAAAUUUGUAAACACUUUUUAUACUUUGAAUUAUAUAUACACUCGAAAUUCUACUUAUUUAUUUAUCCAAAUUGCUUUUUUUUCAAUCAGUUUGCCCACUUUGUUUAAUGAGUGUAGCGGAAGGCAAAAAUAUUUUAUUAUCCGAUGCUCUUCUAAAUGAAUUACAAUCUGUAUUUGUACAUGUAUGUGAUUAUGUAAGAUUGGAAGUACAAUGUUCCACAUUUUUAAAUGUACUUUAUGAAAAUGUUGUCGAUAUAAUCAAACAUGUUGUAGAACCACAUUUCAUUUGUCAGCUGGGUCACAUGUGUAAUACAACAUAUACAGAAGGAUCGGAUUACAUUAGAAUUGCAUAA